AUGCCGAGGAAGAUCGUGACGGUCGACAUCUCGAAUUUCGAGGAGAGGAAACAAGAGAUCGCAUCUCAGCUCCUGGAGGCAUCCAAAGAUGUGGGCUUCUUCUACAUUGGAGGUCACGGAAUACCUCAAGAAGACUUUGAGAAGGCAUUGAAAGCAGGUCAGCGGUUCCUGGCACUGCCCAACGAAGUCAAGGCAAAGUGGCCGUUCAACCCCGACACCUACCUGGGGCAUCGAGGUCCAGAUGAACUCGAGACAGUGACAGGAAACCGGCUGUGGGAGUGGUGGUCUGUGGGAAGGUACGGCACCGGCGGCUACGAUUUCAAGGUCCAGAAGUUUGAUGGCGAGGAAUGGCCCGAGGUGCUGGGCAAAGAGUGGGCGCAGACAGCGCUGGACUUCCAGGAGAAGGUGCACAAAGUGGCAGUCACCAUCCUCAAGGCGCUCUUCAUCGCCCUGGGCCGCGAUGAGAUCAUCAUCGACGAUGCUUUCGACAUCACCUCAGAGGAGAACCCCAGCUUUGUGGCCUGGAACUACUAUCCGCCGGUGACUGAGGAGCAGGAGGCGGCCGCCACCGGCAAGCUGCCCCCUCGGCUGCAUGCGCACGCUGACAUGGACGUGCUAACCAUCCUCUACCAGCGCGAAGGCGACAUUGGGUUGGAAAUAGCGCCUGGCAACGAGAUCGAGGACCUGUCCCUCAUUGAGGACAUCGGCAACAUCUGGAACCAUGUGCCUGUUGCCCGCGAAUGGACUCCCCUGGACCCCAAGCCGGGCCUUCUGACGGUGAACAUUGGGGACGGGCUCACUCGCUGGACGGACGGGCUACUCAAGUCCACCUACCACCGCGUUCGCGCCCCCAAGGAGGGGGACCCCAAGGGUGCGCGGUACUCGAUCCCCUACUUUGUCAACCCCAAGCUGAAUUACGUCAUCCAGGGUCCUGAGAAGCGCUUCACCCCAGUCACCGGCUUUGACCUGCUCUCGAAGACCGGCAACGCCUACGUGGCACGCAAGAACGAUCCUGAGAAGACCUGGCAGAAGAAGGCCUACACCGACGAGGGUGCAGACCUGUCAAUUGCAGCAAGCCCUGUCACAGCCGUGGAGGCCUGA